UAACUCUUGCCGAACUACUCAAGCUGAUUUAUAACCUAUUUUGAAAAAUUUUGUUUAUUUAUUUAAGUGUUUACUGUUUAGUUUACGCAGCGAUUAUUCCAGUUUUUAAAUUAUAAAUGCUUAUUAUUCAUUUUAAUUCUUUGUAGGCUUUUUGUAUAUCUAACAUUGAAAUUGUUUAUUAUUGAUUUGAUCCGUGAUAAUCAUUACAGUGUACUGGACAUAUACAAUAAUCAAUUCUGUAAUUAAUGGUUUAUAAAAUAGUAUCCUGUUGACUUGUCCUGGAAAAGCGUGAUUUAAUAUUUUUAUUAGGGUAUUUAAGAUUUUGUAUUUUUAGUUUAGAUAUCACUAUGCAUAGAAAUUUACCACAAAAUAAAGAAGCUUUACUUAAAUCUUACACAACGAGGCUCAAAGAAGACGUUAAAAGUAUGCUUGAAAACUUUGAAGAAAUAAUAAGACUUGCCAAAGGGGAAAGAGGAGAGAAUGAAUCCCAAUUGAAUAGAAUGACUCAAAUAGAACAGGACACUUUAGAAAUGCAAGUCAGAGCUGCUAACAUUGUGAGAGCAGGAGAGUCACUUAUGAAACUGGUAUCAGACAUCAAACAAUAUUUGAUAUUAAACGAUUUUCCUUCAGUUAAUGAAGCUAUCACACAGAACUCAAAGUUGUUUCGUACAAAACAACAGGAAUGUGAUCAGAAACUCAUGUCCCUUCGGGAUGAUAUUGCAGCAGACCUUUAUGAUUUAGAAGAUGAAUACUUUACUAGUAUAUAUAAGUAGAAUCUUUUUAAGAGAGUCUGUAAAGUAAAUAAAUUGUACUUGUAAGUUCUUAACUCCUUUUUUAAACCAAGACAUUCCAAUUGAGCCAAAUGAAUUGUUAAUUACUGUACUCAUUCAGCAAUAGUUUAUAAUUUAUAUCUCAUAUGGUUGGCCUACAAUAUGUGCUGACAAAAGAAAUACACAAUGAAUUUGUAUAUUGAACCCUAUUAUACUACCA